AUGGGGAAAACCUACUUCUGCGAUUAUUGCAGCAGAUCGUUUCAAGACAAUCUCCACAACAGAAAGAAACAUUUACAAGGAGUUCAACACCAGAGAGCCAAGAAAUUCUGGUUCGACUGUUUCCGAGAUAGUGCCACAAUACUGGCAGAAGAGCUUGCCAAAAAGCCUUGCAGAAAGUUUCUACAAUCAGGUCAGUGUGAUUUUGGUGUAAAUUGCAAAUUCUCUCAUAUGACCGAUGACGAUGUUCAGAAACUGAGACAAAGCGUGGAAGAAGAAAACAAAGUAGAACAUGAUAACAGACCUGCACCCGAUAUUAAUGAAUGGUUGUCAAAAAGAGCAAAAAGGAAAGAAAGCCAUUCGAACAUCAGUGGUUCAGAAAUGGAAAAAGAGGUUGACGAUGAAUCUGUUGUUUACUGGCUACCUCCAGGAUAUCAAGCAGUUCAUGAGCUACCUCCAUCUCUACAUCCUCCACCUCCUGGAGGUUGGAAGACUGCAGUAAAUGUUGAAUGGGGUUAACAUACGAGACUCUCUGUACGGGGAAAUGAAAGAGAAAGUUGUACUUGCACUGGAAUUCAAUUAACUGGGGAACCACUUUGUCGCAUGAUGCACUUUUGAAAAUUAUAGAAGCUUCUCAAGUAGGACUGUUUCCACGUGAAAGCUAUGCAUGGAGCACAGCACCCAAUCAACCUGGUGUCUUACGCAACCAUUGCUGUGCAAUUUGACUAAUUGUUCUGAAUUUGCAGUAUUUGUUAACCAUCUUAACAAAUAUAAAACAUUUAAGGGCAGAAGUAAUAAUUUAGUGUAAUAUUGAUGGAAAUUGUUUCAAACUAAGCAGACCCUUUUUCUAACAAAAUGCUGGUGCUUUUAUUAUUGAACAAGUCUGGCUGAUGUUUGAAUUAGUAAGCCAUGCCCUUUGCAAACACUGUAGCUAAUAGGUGUGAUCAAGAUUUUUAGAUGUAUAAACAUCACAGUUCUUGAUUAUUCAUGCUUGUAUAACAUCUCAAGCAUAAGCUUAAAUCCACAGAUAGGGAAUUUAUAAGUUGUUACAAAUUUUAGAGAAAUAUAGCUUUCAUAAGAGCAUCCAAUAUAAAUGUACUUCCAGAUUUGCUUUCUUCCUCAUAGUAAAUGUAAAACUUUUGGUGAUAUAUUUGGUAAUGAGAGAAAUGAAAUAUGUUUGUGUGUUUUUUGUUCUAACAAACAUCUUAUUUUUGACUAGAAUGUUUCAUGACAUCAAGCUCAUGUUCAUAACUGUCACUUUAAAAAGUGCUGAUUUUUUUUCACUUUCUUGUCAAGGAGAGUUAUUCAUUGGAGUUGGAUGUUAUUCAUGCUUUUAAAGCAACAUGGCAAAUGACGUAUAUGUUCAGUGAGUCUCUUUCUGGUCCAGGAAGUACACUGCUGUAUGUCAUGGACACUUUCUGUAUCAGUUUGCUUUAUAGUGCUUCAGGCUCACUUUCAUUCUUUGAUAUUUUAUUCCCAGUCUUGCCUUCUAAAAGUUGCAAAUAAGUAAAUGAUGGAUAGUAUCGUGUACAUAAUGUUUUGUACAAAUAUUUGAAUGGCAGAGCUUUACUAUAAUCUGCAGACCACAGUGGCAUCACCCAGUCACUUAUGCACUGUUCAGCAAUUUGAUUCACGGAGGUGUAACCAGAACAAAAAUACAUGCUGUUUCUUUAA